AUGGUUAAGGAAAAAUCUUUUUUGAAGAAAUGUGUAGAAAAGUGUGUUCUUGACUACGAGAAGAAAAGCCGUCUUCAAGCGAUCAGGACAGUCAGCAACAUUGAGAGGGAUGAUUUGGCCAUAAUAUUCCAGUGUCUCAACAGUCUACAUGAGAAGGUUCAUUUUACGAAAGAGGAAGAAAAAGAGGGCGGUCUGCCAUUUUUAGACGUGAUGGUGAUCCGGGGGUCUGGUGGUGAAUUACAUACAACGGUGUACCGAAAACCGACUCACACCAACAGAUAUCUCCAUGCGAGUUCGCACCACCAUCCGUCGCAGAUAUCGUCGGUACCAAGAAGCCUCAUAGAUCGAGCCCUAAGUCUUUGUGACCCACCCUAUAUUGAGUGCGAACUAAGAGUGGUGAGACAGGCGCUGGAGAACAAUGGCUAUAGUUGGCGUCAGAGUUCCAGAUGGGCACAAACAACAACUAGGCGGAAACCGUACUGUGUGAACCGGUCACCAGUGUACUUAACAUAUGUGAAGGGCGUAACGGACAAAAUCAGCCACUACCUCCAACGGAGAUUUGACAUAGUGACGCGGUUUCGUCCACCUGCACUGGUGAAGAGUAUACUGCGAUCGCCUAAGGAUAGGGAUCCGCUGAACGUGCCCGGGGUGUACAAGAUUCCGUGUGACUGUGGUAGAUCAUACAUCGAUGAAGUUGUGGGCGCCUGCUAG